UAAUUAUUCAGCAGUUUUGUCAGCUGUCUUGCUUUCAACCAGCAUAGACGUCAUAAUUUUUCAGUCAGUCAAUUUUCACAGUUGAGAACGUAUUGUUCGCGAUUAGUGCCUUUUUAAACGAUUUUCUUGUGCAUUUAAUAGUAUUUUACCAUGGCGGACGAAGUGAAUGAAAACGGCCACCCUGAAAAUGGAGACGUUCCAGAGAUCGAGCUUAUUAUCCGAGCUUCCACCAUAGAUGGACGUCGCAAAGGUGCCUGCCUUUUCUGCCAGGAAUAUUUUAUGGAACUGUAUCUUUUGGCCGAAUUGAAGACGAUCAGCCUGAAAGUGACCACAGUUGAUAUGCAAAAGCCGCCACCCGAUUUCAGGACCAACUUUGAGGCGACGCCGCCGCCCAUUCUAAUCGAUCGCGGAAUGGCUAUUUUGGAAAACGAAAAAAUCGAAAGGCAUAUCAUGAAAACCGUGCCUGGUGGUCACAAUUUGUUUGUGCAGGAUAAAGAAGUGGCCACGUUAAUUGAAAAUCUGUAUACGAAAUUCAAAAUGUACGUAACCAAAUACGAGUCGGCAGACACAAAAGAAGCCAGCCAGCCCUUACUUUCUCAUCUUGAGAGGAUCAAUGACUUCCUAGUUAAAAGAGCAACGCGAUUCCUCACAGGCGACACAAUGUCAUGCUUCGAUUGCGAAUUGAUGCCCAGACUCCAGCACAUAAGGAUUGGGGCCAAAGCUUUUAGAAAGUUCGAAAUUCCAACCAAAUUCACGGGAUUGUGGAGAUACAUGGAGAACAUGUACGAAUUGGAAGCUUUCAGGCAAAGUUGCCCAGCCGAUCAGGACAUCAUCAGCCACAUUAAGAACCAACUGGGGCUGCGAACAACCGCUAGAAUAGAACUAGAAACGCCGAUUUACACGACUUCGAUUCCCAUCCUCGACUCGUAGAGAUGUUCGCUUUUUGGUUCAUUUUGUCAAGUUUUUCCCAAUUAACCCCCGAAAAAUAGUUGAUAUUUCUAACACCAUUACUUUGUAGCUCUUCUACUGUCCGUAUGCCACUAGAACAAUCUUUUAAACACUGAGCUUCGGGUCAUCAAGUCUUUUCCAUAAGUGUUUUUAAAAUCUACUGAAAAUAUUUUCAGCGGUUGUAUCAUGAAGUGAACAACGUCCCUCAGAUGGUUUCUUUUGGUUUUUAACAAAAUAUUGUUCCUGACAACCAGCAUUAACAAACCAAGUAUUACUAGUAAGUCGUUUCGCAUUUUAUUAAUCAUCCAUGUUAAGUUGUUUUCAUUUCGAGACAAGAAGGUUUUUUAUUUUUGAAUUAACACAAUUGUUGCGCGUCUUAAUGGGCCAACAAAAGUUUGCCGCUGUUUUAUAUUUAGCAAAACUGUUGCUAAACUGAUAUAUAAACGUAUGUGCUAUUUAUUCCCUAAUUUUCUAUGUGAUUAGAAGGUAAUUGUUUAUACAUUUUUAUUUUUUCUGUAUAUAUUGAACAAAUUAUCUGCUUUUCAGUGAAAAAACCGUUAUAUGGUAAGAGAAUUUAUUUAAUUUGCUAUUUUGCAUAAACACUGUUUAAUCGCGCUAUUUAACAAUUGUCCUAAUUCUAUUUAUUGUUUGAGGUGUUUUUGAACGUCUACAAUCAUUGCCUUUGAAUAGGCAACUCCCGAGGUAUUUCCUACCAGAGUGCCUUAAAGCUUUAGACGUAAUUUGGUCGGGUUUUUUAAAAUUUACACGCUUACGAUAAUUAAUUAAGCUACAUUAAUAACGUUUUAGGUGUAUUUAUUCGACAAACUUAUCUUUUAAAAUUCCCCAGUAGCUUGCCGUCUGAUUAAAUUAUUUGAUGUAAAUUAAGGUUUUUAAAAGGUGAAAUGUUUUUGAUCAACAAUUCCAAAAUACUGUUUUCCACUAUUUAUCAGGUACUGUUUCUUGUAUAGCUUUAUUACAAAGUAGUAGGACAUUGUUUCGUUAUAGGUAUUAAAAAAUUAAAACACA